AGAUAAUUGCAGCACAUCAAGCACCAUUACAAGAGAGCACAAUGAUAGAUACUGUAGGUCUUCCUCCACCACCCCUGACAGGGUGACGCAGUAUACGGGCGGCUGGUGUGCGACAAAGCGGCACUGGCACUACUGAUCGUCGUAUGCGGGAUCAAAAGUAAGUCCUCCCGCAUGAGAUUGCUUCGAUGUAUGGGUGCAUGGAUUGCCGCCAAGAGCAGCUUUAUCCUGCCAAAUCAGACCAUGCAGGAUAUCCCUGCACAACGAAUUGGAAUUCCAGCCAACUGGCUGGGUAUCAUCAUGAUCUCGUCUGGGGGGUUCAAUGGCUUGACGUGCCCAAGGAUGAGGCGAUUGCACGGCCAAUAAAGAUUGGCCAUACGUGGGGCUGCCUCGAAGUCUUCCCAGCGCGACUUUGGUAUCGACGACCGUAACCAAAAUUCAUGUGCCAAUGGUGUCUCGAUCGG